AUGGUUCAUGACGACUUUAUACCAUCUGAUAUUGCCCACGCCAUUGCUGUCGGCAAUGUUCCUCCUGGUGUGCCAGUGUCGCUUUUGCUAGAUUCUCGCGAUGGCCCUACCAAGAUCGGCAUAUAUUUUGUGUUUACUUUAACAUUUGUGUUCUUGCUUCUGCGGUGCUAUUCAAGAAUAUUCGUUGUUCGAAAGUUUGGUCUAGACGAUUGGCUAGCGCGCGGUGUCUACGUUGAAUAUGUCAUGUCGCUCAAUAAUGCUCGGACGGACCACGGAGAAGAAUUGGAUAUCAUCUUACAUUUCCUCUACAUCGUCGCCCUCUUCACCUGUCGCAUGUCUGGACUCGCCUUUUAUAGUCGACUCUCCGACGCUCACGUCAAGCUCUACAUUACUCUUCGUGUUUGCUGGGUUAUCUUCGUUGUCCUCUUCCUGGCUCAAUUCUUCCUCCUCCUCUUUCACUGCAUUCCGGUCACGGGCAAAUGGCCGUAUUCAUGGCAGCCCGAUUUCAUCCAAUAUAAGUGCAUAUCCUGGGGUGCAGUCUACAUCACAAUUUCAUGUCUAUCUUUUGUCUGCGACAUCAUCAUGUUUGUCAUUCCGACAAUGUUGAUUCAUCUUCUACAUGUCCCGUGGAGAAGAAAGCUGGGACUUGCCUUUGUCAUGUUCCCCGGUGUCCUAGUCCUCGGUAUAUCCCUCGCUCGCAUUUAUCUGGUCUGCAUGGGCCAGUGGUCAAAAGACAGCACAUGGUAUUACGAUCCACAACUUGCGAUUGAGAUGUCAGAAAUAGGCGCCACUCUCAUUGCCUUGUCGUUACCAGCAUUGAAACCUCUUUUUGGCGUCUACCUUCUCACCAGAAUCCGCUCCAACCCUAGUGAUCGCAGCUGUGACCGCCAAUCCCCGGGUCAUCCGAUUCUCUUGAAAAAGAUAAGCAACUUGACACUACGUGCGAUUGGCGAUGAACGAGGGCAUAUUCAAUGA